AUGGCUGAGUUAAAGAAUCAAUUGGUGGAGUUGAUUGGAAAAGGUUUUAUAAGACCUAGCACUUCUUCUUGGGGUGCUCCUGUACUAUUUGUUAAGAAGAAAGAUGGGAGUAUGAGAUUAUGCAUCGAUUAUCGAGGAUUGAAUCAGGUAACAAUAAAGAACAAAUAUCCACUUCCAAUAAUUGAUGAGCUAUAUGACCAACUUCAAGGUGCUAGCUGGUUUUCGAAGAUUGAUUUACGAUCAGGUUACCACCAGAUACGUGUUCUAGAUGAUGAUAUAAAGAAAAUUGCUUUCAGAACAAGGUGUGGACAUUUUGAAUUUGUUGUCAUGCCAUUUGGACUUACUAAUGCACCUGCAGUUUUUAUGGAGUUGAUGAACACAACAUUCAUGGAUUAUUUAGACGGGUUUGUUAUCAUCUUCAUUGAUGACAUCCUUGUGUAUUCCAAAUCUCGCGAGGAUCAUAUGAUACAUUUGGAGAAGGUGUUAAAACACUUAAGGAGAGAAAAAUUAUAUGCAAAGCUGAGUAAGUGUGACUUUUGGAUGCAAGAGGUAGGAUUUUUGGGGCAUGUGGUGUCUGCGGAAGGAGUGAAAGUAGAUCCGUCCAAAGUGUCGACUAUACUUGAUUGGGUGAGACCGUCUAAUGCCACAGAGAUCCGAAGCUUCCUCAAAUUGGCUGGGUAUUACAGGAAGUUUGUAAAGGAUUUUGCCAACCUGUCUAAGCCAUUGACGAGACUGACAUGA